AUGGAACUUAAAAAUAAGCUUAUUGGUGCUAUCGACCAGAGCACUUCGUCUACCCGAUUUAUUAUCUAUCAAUUGAAUCCUCGAAAAAUUAUCGCUAGUCAUCAGAUUGAAAUAGAGCAAAUUUUUCCACAUCCGGGGUGGGUUGAAAUUGAUCCUGAAGAAAUAAUCAAUACAACAAUGAAAUGCAUUGAUGAAAGCUGUAACAUAAUUAAAAAAAAAGGCUUCGAUAUUGAUGACAUUAAAGCAAUUGGAAUUUGCAAUCAGAGAGAAACGACAAUUUUAUGGAACAAUAGAACGGGCAAAGCUCUUUAUAAUGCUAUUUGUUGGCUUGACGAUCGAGCAACUGAUCUUGUCCAAUUAUUUAUUGAAAAAACAAGUAACAAAUCUCGUAAUCAGUAUGGAGAAAUAACGGGCCUUCCAAUACAUUCAUACUUUAGCGCGCUGAAAAUUCGUUGGCUUAUGGAUAACAUUUAUGGGGUGAAAAAUGCUUUGGAGGAAGGAACUUUAAUGUUUGGCACUGUCGAUUCAUGGCUAAUUUAUAAGUUGACCGGAGAACACAUCACUGAUGUUACAAAUGCUAGCAGAACUUUGUUAAUGUCAAUACAAACAUUAAAUUGGACUGAGGAACUUUGUAAUUUCUUCGAAAUCCCGAUGAGCAUCCUGCCGAAAAUUCAUUCUUCUGCCGAAAUAUACGCUACAAUAAGAUCAGGUCCUUUAAAAGGAAUACCAAUAUCAGGUUGCUUGGGUGAUCAGCAAGCAGCUAUGUUUGGUGAGUGUUGCUUUGAGCUAGGUGAAACAAAAUGUACCUAUGGUACAGGUACAUUUACGCUUACUAAUACUGGCAGCAAUAUGAUUAUCAGUAGAAGUGGCCUGAUAACAACUCUGGCUUAUCAAGUAACCAUACAUUUCAUGAUUAUAUUUACACAUAUUAACCGUACAAUAGGAGCAAAAAAAAAACGAAAUAAGAAGAUAAAGAAUUGGCAAGUGGCAAUGAUUUAUUGUAAGAGGACAAAAGUAAUGAAAGAAAAAACUUAA